CAGCACGUAUCUUUUUUGAGAGGUUAAGGUAGCACUGAAGGAAUGGCAUCCAAACCAGGUCUCCUGAUUGACUGGCCAUGGCAAAAGCUUGGAAACAUGAAGUAUGUGGUUUUGGUGCCCGGGCUAGUACAUAGUGUUCGUUCAUUUGUGACCAAAGAAGAGAGAGAGAGGGACAUAACAGUCUUGUUCAUCUUACCAAUCUUGCUGUGGAGAUUGCUUCACAGCCAACUAUGGAUAAGCUUAGCUCGUUACCAAACUUCCAAAUCCAAACACAGGAUAGUAGACAAAGGCAUUGAAUUCGAACAAGUGGAUAGAGAAAGAAACUGGGAUGACCAAGUCAUUCUGAGUGGCAUUCUAACCUACGUUGUAGUUAUGUAUCUUCCCGGAAGUGCUAGAAUGCCAUUGUGGAAGUGGAAUGGUCUUGUUCUUACCAUUCUUCUCCACAUGGGUCCAGUGGAAUUCCUGUAUUAUUGGUUUCACAGAGCUUUGCACCAUCAUUUCCUUUAUUCUCGUUACCAUUCACACCAUCAUUCAUCUAUUGUUACUGAGCCCAUCACAGCUGUUAUUCAUCCAUUUGCAGAGCUUAUGGUUUAUUUUCUACUGUUUGCAAUCCCGAUAUUGAGUAUGUUAUUCACUGAAACUGCCUCUGUGGGAGUGAUGGUAGGGUAUGUAACUUACAUAGAUUUUAUGAACUACAUGGGUCAUUGCAACUUUGAGCUGGUUCCAAAGUGGGUGUUCAACAUCUUUCCUUUUCUCAAGUACCUUAUGUAUACUCCAUCGUUUCAUUCUCUUCAUCAUACGCAAUUUCGAACCAACUACUCCCUCUUCAUGCCAAUCUAUGAUUACAUAUAUGGAACCAUGGACAAGUCCACAGACAAAUUGUAUGAAGAUUCACUCAUGGGAAGGAAAGAGACACCAGAUGUAGUACACUUGAUUCACCCAACAACACUUCAGUCCUUCUAUCAUCUACCACCGGCCAUCGCCUCGCUCGCAUCUGAGCCUUACAGCUCCAGAUGGUACUUAUCGAUGUUAUGGCCGAUUCCAUAUGGGUUCAUGUUGUUCACAUCCAUAAUUGGUUCUACCAUUACAGUGGAGAGGAACAUAUUUGAUAAACUCAAGCUCCAAACAUGGGCAAUCCCAAGAUUUAGUUUCCAUUAUUUGUCGUCGAGCCAAAAAGAUACGAUCAACAGUUUGAUUGAAAGAGCUAUUUUUGAGGCCGAGAGUGAAGGUGUUAAAGUGUUGAGUUUAGGUCUUCUAAAUCAGGGAGAGCAAUUUAAUGGAAAUGGUGAACUUUAUCUCCAUAAGCACCCAAAUCUCAAGAUCAGGAUCGUAGAUGGAAGCAGCUUAGCUGUUGCCGUGGUGCUUCAUAACAUUCCCGAAGGAACAAAACAAGUGCUUCUCAGAGGAAACAUGUCUAAGGUUGUUUGUGCUAUUGUCAAGAAUUUAUGUGAAAGAGGAAUCCAGGUAGGUGUGGUGUGCAAGGAUAAUUUUGAUAAGCUUAAGUUACGAAUCCCUACAGAGUUGUGGAUUAACUUGCUCAUCUCUACCAGUUACACCCAGAAGGUGUGGUUGGUCGGAGAUGGAGAGCUGAGCGAGAAAGAACAAAGAAGAGCACCGGAAGGGACACAUUUCAUUCCAUGCUCACAGUUUCCACCAAAGAAGGUUGUGCGCAAUAAGGAUUGUAUUUACUACACUACCCCAGCCAUGCUCAUCCCCAAGGCUCUCCAAAAUGUAUACUCUUGUGAGAAUUGGCUGCCGAGGCGAGUGAUGAGCGCGUGGCGUGUAGCUGGAAUUGUGCAUGCACUGGAAGGCUGGGAUACACACGAGUGUGGGGAUAUCAUGCUCGACACACAGAAAGUCUGGCUUGCUAGCCUUAGCCAUGGAUUCCUACCCAUGCUCGAUCACCCAUUGAUCUGAAUCGUAUGAAUGAAUAAAGAGUGCACCAAUGAAAGCUGCCUGAAAACAUGUAAACUUGAUUCAG